AUGACCGCUCUCGGAAGCGCAGGCUCGGAAACGCGUCGAGCAGGCCGUGCGGAUGGCGUCGCAGUGAGGUUGGGAUGUUGGUUGAAGAUGUUGGACGGCUGUGAGGGCCGAGGAGGUGCAGGAGGGCGGACUCAACAAGAGGCGGAAGGGAGGAGCUCGAGAGGAAGCAGCGGCGGCCAAUCAGGAGCUUCGAUGCACUCGGGCCGCGAAAUAUCUGCCAAGCCUUUCUUCUCAACCAGACCGACGGCCUCUCCGAUCUCCAGCCCUGGUUCCUCGCCUUACGGUCGACCUCAACGUGCUCCUCAAUUCAGUCCCUCUCCCCUCGCGCUGAACACCAGUGACCAGCGUUUCCGCAUCAAGCACAAUACUUAUCUGCCUCAGAAACGCUGCCUCCAGACCAGCGAUUUCGAUCUCACUUCCUCGUUCCUCUCUCUCCCUGUCGCCCUCCCGCUCUCCCGUCCAUCAACGCGAAGCACCCUCGCGUCUGGGGUCUGCGGCUCAUCCCCGCGGAUUCCUCCAUUCUCACCCACUCAAGCGACAUUCUCCAACUCCUUCCCCAAACUCGCUUCAUGCCAAGACUCCCUCAUUGCCGCUGGCCACCAGCCCACGCCGUACCCACGUUCCCGUCGUUGUGGCAAGGACCUCGUUGCCCGUCACCCCAUGUGUCCCAACGCCGACUUUGUCUACUAG